UUCGAGAGAGAAAGAAAGAGAGAGAGGGAGAGGAAACUCGUGAUCGGAGAUGAGAGGAAGGGAGCGGGGUCGGUCUGCCGUCUGCACACCCACCACCGGUAGGGUCCGGCAAGGUUUCGAUUGCCGGUCGUCGGACAGGGAUGGAGAUCGUGCAUGACCCUGGGAAGGGUGCGCUGUUCGCUAGGGUGACCUUUCAUUACGACCAUCCGAGGGAGCUAAUGAUCGCCACCGGAUGUGGACAGGUCGGGUCAUCUACUGCGACAAGAAGGCUACCAUCUCUGUGGCAAUGUCCUCCCGCUCCAAUCCAUUCCUGAGGAAGCCGUCGUGCGCAACAUCGAGCGCCAUGUAGCCAACCAUGUUGUUUUCGCUCGAUCCUUCGGGAACUACGCACCUUUCGAAUCGCGUGAUCAGAGAUGAGAGGAAAGGUGCGGGAUCGGUCUUCCGUCUGCACACCCACCACCGGUUUUGCGAUAGCGGGUAAUUCAAGAAAGAGAUCUCCCCACACCGCUUCCCUCACAUCAUCAUUUUCGUUCGAGAGAGAAAGAAAGAGAGAGAGGGAGAGGAAACGCGUGAUCGGAGAUGAGAGGAAGGGAGCGGGGUCGGUCUGCCGUCUGCACACCCACCACCGGUAGGGUCCGGCAAGGUUUCGAUUGCCGGUCGUCGAACAGGGAUGGAGAUCGUGCAUGACCCUGGGAAGGGUGCGCUGUUCGCUAGGGUGACCUUUCAUUACGACCAUCCGAGGGAGCUAAUGAUCGCCACCGGAUGUGGACAGGUCGGGUCAUCUACUGCGACAAGAAGGCUACCAUCUCUGUGGCAAUGUCCUCCCGCUCCAAUCCAUUCCUGAGGAAGCCGUCGUGCGCAACAUCGAGCGCCAUGUAGCCAACCAUGUUGUUUUCGCUCGAUCCUUCGGGAACUACGCACCUUUCGAAUCGCGUGAUCAGAGAUGAGAGGAAAGGUGCGGGAUCGGUCUUCCGUCUGCACACCCACCACCGGUUUUGCGAUAGCGGGUAAUUCAAGAAAGAGAUCUCCCCACACCGCUUCCCUCACAUCAUCAUUUUCGUUCGAGAGAGAAAGAAAGAGAGAGAGGGAGAGGAAACGCGUGAUCGGAGAUGAGAGGAAGGGAGCGGGGUCGGUCUGCCGUCUGCACACCCACCACCGGUAGGGUCCGGCAAGGUUUCGAUUGCCGGUCGUCGAACAGGGAUGGAGAUCGUCCAUGACCCUGGGAAGGGUGCGCUGUUCGCUAGGGUGACCUUUCAUUACGACCAUCCGAGGGAGCUAAUGAUCGCCACCGGAUGUGGACAGGUCGGGUCAUCUACUGCGACAAGAAGGCUACCAUCUCUGUGGCAAUGUCCUCCCGCUCCAAUCCAUUCCUGAGGAAGCCGUCGUGCGCAACAUCGAGCACCAUGUAGCCAACCAUGUUGUUUUCGCUCGAUCCUUCGGGAACUACGCACCUUUCGAAUCGCGUGAUCAGAGAUGAGAGGAAAGGUGCGGGAUCGGUCUUCCGUCUGCACACCCACCACCGGUUUUGCGAAUCUGUUUCACCAGAUGGGAGGCUUCUUUUACAGGACGGCGUUUGUGGAAGGCAACAUAAGCAGCACCUUUCUCUUCUUGAAAUGCUUGAAGGAACAUCCCAAACUGUUGAUUUGGGUGAACAAUAAUAGAAAGCAGUCUCAGAACGAGCAUCAUUCUGUGUGCAUGCUUUGGCGAGCAGUUCAAAUUUGAGGAGGUGGAGCCUCCUCUGUCACCAGAAUCUUUCGCGACGAGAGAUUUUUCGGCUGGUGGCAUUUCCUUCAGGACUUUGGAUUGGGAUGCCAAGUUUGAGGAUAAUCAUGUCGAAGAGGUUGAAACUACUCUGAUGGAUGCCCUCUCACUGAACUAUGUGGAAGCGCGUGCUUUAUUGGGACGGCUGGAGUACCAGAGAGGUAACUAUGCUGCUGCUCUCCAGGUGUUCCGUGGGAUUGAUAUACAGAGUUUGAUACCCAAGAUGACUAAAUCUAUAGCUGAUAGGGUCCAGCGUCAAAAAGCUCGAUUUAAAAGCCAGAAGGUGCAGAGAAAUACAAUGUCUAUGCAUUCUGUGAGUCUCUUGCUUGAAGCUAUCUUACUUAAAGCAAGAUCACUGGAACAGCUUGGUUUGACAAAAGAGGCUGCCAAGGAGUGCAAUGCUAUCCUGGACAUAGUCGAAGAUGCAUUACCUAAAGGCUUGCCUGUUGGUGUUUUUGGAGACUGCAAAUUACAGGAGAUGUUCCAUAAGGCACUGGAAUUGCUUCCUGUAUUGUGGAAGAAGGCUGGCUGUCUUGAAGAGGCUAUUGCUUCCUAUAGGCGUGCUCUGGUUAAGCCCUGGAAUUUAGAUGUAAAAAGCUUGUGUGCCAUACAGAAGGACUUGGCAGCAACAUUACUUUACUGUGGCAUUGAGACGCCUCUUCCUCCACAUUUUCAAAUAUUGAGUGCACUUUCCCCAAAAAGUAACAUUGAAGAAGCAAUUUUGCUGCUGUUGAUACUGAUGGAGAAGCUGAUAUUUCGGGAAAUAAUAUGGGACCCAGACAUCAUGAAUCACCUUGCUUUUGCAUUGUCAAUAUCAGAUUGUUGUGAUGUUUUGGCAAAUAUCGUUGAGAAAUUACUUCCAGGUGUAUAUCAUCGAGCAGAAAGAUGGUACCUCCUAUCUCUUUGCUAUUAUUCAGAUGGUCAAAAUGAUGUUGCGUUGAACCUCCUAAAAAAUGGUUUGGGCAGAUCCAAGAAGUGCUACCACCUUCCUUCUGUUCUUUUGGCAGCAAAAUUGUGUACCCAAAGUCCUAAGAGCUUUAAGGAGGGAAUAAAUUUUGCAUACACUGCUAUGGAAUUGGCUGACAGUCAUGGAGAUGUCCAUCUCAUGGGUGUCGCGAUGCACCUACUUGGAGUAUCUUAUGGUUUACAUGCUAGAUGUUCUGUUUCUGACAAGGAACGGCUCUUUUUGCAAAAUGACUCUGUAAAAUGGUUAAGGAAAGCUGCCAUGAUUGAGAAAGAGAACCCAGAAGUGGCUUUUAGUCUUGGGUUGGCUGCUGCAGUAUCAAGGGACCUUAAUGCAGCUUUGGAGAGUUUAAGAGAUUACUUGCAUAUGACAACUGGAAGUUCUGUUAAAGGAUGGAGGCUUUUGGCUCUUGUUGUGUCUGCUGGGCAAUCUCUUAGUGAAGCUGAGACAGUUAUAAAUCUUGCUUUGGAUGAGACCGUAGAGUUGGACCAUAUAGGUCUCUUGAGAUUAAAGUGCAAACUUCAAAUAGUUCAAGGACGGCCCACACAGGCAAUUGAGACAUACACAUUUCUGUUUGCUCUUAUUCAAGCACAAAAAAGAUCUCAAACUAUGAAAUCUGUAUCUGAGGUGAUGCUGUGUAAAAGACUAGAAGCAGAGGCAUGGCAAGAUUUAUCAUACAUAUAUACAGGACUUCGUUUAUGGUCUGAUGCAAGUAUUUGUGUCAAUAAAGCAAUGUCAUUUGGUGCAUAUUCUCCUACCAAUUGGCAUGCAGCAGGUUCCCUUUUUGAAGCUCGUCAACAAUAUGUUGAGGCUCUCAUAUCCUUCUUUGUUGCACUUACCAUCGAACCAGAUCAUGUACCAAGCUUGGUUUCUGCAGCAGUAGUGCUGAGGGAGCUAGGGAAGAAAUGUUUGCCACUUGCUCGUAGCUUUCUAAUGCAUGCCUUGCGUCUAGACCCCACUAAUCAUGAAGCAUGGAUGAACCUUGGAUAUAUCUCCAAGAUAGAAGGCUCACUCGCGCAUGCUGCAGAUUGUUUCCAAGCAGCAUUCGAUCUAGAGCAGACAUCACCCAUUCAGGAUUUUGCUUAGUUGUGCUUGCACAUAGUCCAACUGUUGGCGAUUGAGAACAGAUAAACCAGCUCUUUUGCACACUACCAACGUCAUCAAUUGUUGGCCCAGGCAAGCCUAACGUUGCAUUUUGGAGAUAUUCUGUAAAUUCAGUAUGAACCUGAUGUCCCGCUUAUCAAGCAAGCCUUGAGAUCAGAUGUACAUAAAAUCUCCAAUUAUGUUGUUGCACAAUGUAAAAGCCUGUUCCUGUGUUCAUUAUAGAGAUAACCUGUUAGUUUGUUA